AUCAAAUCCAUAAUUGUCGUUUCCUGUUCGUGGGCGAACGCAUGGUAUAAAACCAGCCGAGAGCGCGUACACAGUGACAACCAAGGCGCUACGGAACCUCACCACAACUGUCAUUUUCAGAUUUGAUCAAGCAUUGCGGAGCCAUGAAUAGCAUUAUCCUGUUCGUCACGGUCAUUUUGCUGUCAGCCAAUCAAAUUUCAGCUUACUGUUUCUUCAACGGGCCAGAAAUAAGCGAUGGUGUGGCGGCUACUUUCUGCACCUAUAAUGGUCAGACAUAUGACGAGGGUGAAUCAUGGGACACUGAUAAUUGUGAGGAGUGUCACUGUAUGGAGUCUGGAGCAUUCUCCUGCUGCGGCUAUGGGUUCCAUGCUGGGACUAUGAGCUAUGGAAUUGGGUGCGAUAUUGAACAGUUUGAUUGUCUCACUGGUGUCGUCAUCGACACAGACGGGAACGGUUUGUGCGAGAUGGCUGGGCACCAAAUACAGUUGACGCGAUCAUAACAAGGAACUGAGUGAAGAGGGAAAUAAACACUUGUAGAGAGAUAGAGCGAGAAGAACUAACCCAUAUACAAAGAUAUCACUGUCUAACAUGAAACGUCCAUGUGUAUAAAAUCUUUUUCGCUGUUGUUGCUAUGUAACCACUAAUAUGAAUAAUAUGAAUACAACAAAUACUGUUGUAUGUAUUAUUUUUGCAAAAUUAUUGCAUGGGCUAUCCACGAACUUUGUACCCACGAAAUAAUCUUAAAGCUGCAAACCUCGAAAGAGAGUACGCAUGUAUAUUUCCUGUUAUACAGUUCCCUAAUGAAGGUGUGGGUCGGUGACCUUACGAUGAUGUUUUGACAAUCAAUUGGAAUGAAGCUAAUGUCUGACAGCAAUAUUAAAAUAAAAAUAAAAGACUUC